CAGACGAUAGUGAUCUUUGUCUCGUCAUCAUGAUUUCUGGUAUUUUUACUAUCUGUCUUUUGACAGUCGCUGUUUUUGCUCAAACAGAACCACCAACAUCGCAACCACCAACAACAGACCAACCGAAGUCAGAAACCGAAGUCAUUAGCGCUGUUGUAGUCUAUGAAGAUGACGGAUUCGUCGAUUUGACAACUGUUGCUGCCAGAAAGAAGAGAUCUGCUGUUCAUAGUGGGGGAUUCUUAGGACAAUUGGGAGGUUAUAGUGGUGGUAAUUAUGGCGGUGGUUAUGCUGGAGGUAAUGCUGGUGGUUACGGAGGCUAUGCAGCUGGAUGUGGUGCCUACCCUGCUACUGGAACCAAUUUCGUUAGAUGUUUCACUCCUGGAAACGGAUAUUAUGCAAGUAACACCUUAUAUAGAAAUUAUUACAGACAAGGAAACUAUGGUAACUGCUUAAAUUACUUCAACUCUUUGCCCUUAUCCAAUGUUGCGUCAACUGCUACUGGAUAUUCUGGACGUCUGACAUUGGCUGGUAACCGUGCCUACAAUGUCGAUGCCUGUCGAAGCUGCUAUAAUGGAAAUCCUGGAAUUUCUUUCCAAGGUGUGGGAAGUCCAAAUGGAAACCUCGUCCGACAGUUUAUAUUCAGAGUUGGCGUCAGUGUUGAAGAUGGAGGCUACAGUCAAGGGGGUUAUGGAGGUAAUGGAGGUUAUCGUUCUAAUGGAGGUUACGGAUAUUCCGCUGGUUAUGGAAGAUAUGGAAGCAACUACGUUCCUGCCUACAACUACGGAUACCCCCAAGGUUCCUUUGGACGAGUUUCUUGUAACGGAGCUGACUGUAGUGGUUAUGCUGGCCACUCUGGAUGCACUCCCGGAGCUGGUGUAGUAUGUUAACAAUCUGAGAAGUAAAUCUAUUGAUACGUAUAAUUUAUGUUAUUUGUCUGUUUUUUUUUUAAUUCAAAUAUUAUUCGAAAUAAAUAAGCAAGAGUUG